UUGACUUUAGAUCUUACUGAAGCCGAUGAUCCUUACUACCAGUAUUUGUUGGCAUACUAUCAGUCGUAUGAGCGAUACCUUGGACGACUCCACCAGUUGUAUCCAAACUUAACACUACCACAAGUCCAGCAACGAUACAAUCCAAAUCUUCAGUUGCCUUACAGUAAACAGAUCAAAGAUGGUGUUAUUGUGCUGCAGAGCUACGAAUAUUUCUGCACAGUGCGAAGUGAUUUGUGCAAUCUGUUGUUCUCAUGUCCGCCAUGUUCAACAAAAAAUGAAAAAUCCGACGAAGACGAUGUCGCAGAUGAAGUCAGUGUCAUUACAACACCGAAUAGUUCGGCAUCUGAAACUACUACAGCAACUAAUACAAUAAGUGGUAUCCAUGGCGCUCAUAUUGAAGGAGCCGAAACAACCAAACAGCAGAGUCAUAGGCAACCAGAACCAGAUGAUAUUUACGAUGAACUACAGAUUGAACCACUGACAUCAGGAAAAGAAGAUUCUAAAAGAAAAACUGAUCAGAAAACUCAAACGAAUUCAAAUAUUACAAGUGAAAGAACAAUAAUCCAGUUAAGGAAUAGUGAAGUUAAAGGCUCCAUUGACGAAAACCCUUCGUAUCCGGAAUAUUAUGAUGAAGAAAUCGUUGAAGAUGAUACCAAUGCUGAUGAUUUGAUUUCAUCUGAACGAGCAAAAAAUUAUACAAAUCAUAAUGUACGUCGACGUUCUAAGAGGCAAACAUAUCAAAAAUAUCCAGUUCACAGUCAACAGUACUGUACCUGUCCAGCUCCUGCAGAAUUGGAAAACUCGUUGAAAACGCAGGAAGAAUUAUUGCAACCCGAUUUCUCAAAUUCUGAAAAAGCCAGAGCCCCUGACGUACCCGAAGAAUUUCUAAGAGCUGCAAAAGGUUGUUCUCUAUUGGAACAAGACAGAAGUGGUUCAUCUGCUACUGGAAACUGUUCCUGGUUCCAGAAUGGUUCGAGUUUUAAAAGUCCGUCGUUUAUGCCAUUACGUUCAGAACCUUUGUCGCGAAGAGACUUUGAAAACUGUCUUCGAUUAAAUAUAUCUGAAGAAGAUUGUUUAAGAACAAGACAAAGCUUCCUGGUGAACAGAGUGACAACAAGUCCUAAACAAAUAGCAUUUCCAGAAACUCGACUUAUUGUUGAAAAUAACUUUUCCGAUUUCACUGAAACAUUCAUUGAAGACAGUACCAAGGAAGCAAGUCGGUCAAAUUUGUUGACGCAUGUGUCAGCACCGGUAAAAGAUAGACAUUUUGAAGCUGGUGUCGACAAAUGGCUUCGAGUGUCACAUUUUAAGAGCGACGAUCUUCACAACGGUGUAACGAAGACGGGACUUGGUCGGAGACAGAAUGUGCUUGUUAAUUUUAAAAAUUGGACUGCCGAUUACAAAAGCAGCGUGAGACCAGAAUUUCUUGGUCCAGUGCAGAACAACUUUUUUGCUGAAGACGACGGGUUUGUAAAUGGAGUUCCGGAAGUGGAAAAAACACAAAUGAAGUCUAAAAAGGGAAAUAAAGAAUUUCUGUGCAAUCGUUUAACUUCAGGAUUUGCCACAGUACCAGAGGAAAUAAAUACUAAAAACACCGCUGAACAAAGUCUUGUCUCACUAAUUGACCCUGAUUCAGGUGAUAUGCCAAGAAUCGAUCCUCCCACUGCAGCAAUGAGUGACUUAGAAAGUGUUGAAAAUCAGAAUGCUGAAGUUGCUGCAGUUGAAACUCUCAACAGAAGUCCUCAUCGGACACGUAUUUCUGGAAGCAACAGAACAGUUUCUAGGCUUGGAAUUAUAAAGACAAAACCGAAUGGUACUGUAUUUACAUAUUUGCAUCUUGACAGUCCAAUGAAUGUUUUACAAAAAGCAGUUUUUAUUUCACGGAUGGAAUACGGAGGUUGCUUGCUUAGCAGAGAUGAAAACUGUCGCAAAUCAAUUAUUAACGCUUACCUGCUUGCCUCAAGUUUAUUGGAACAAGAAGAGUCUGAUCGGAAAAAAGUGUUAUAUGUUGUUACGUCACGUACCAGAAAGCAAAUACGUAGUCUGUAUUUUGACAUUCACGAAGUGGUUCAGCAUGCCAUCGAUAGCGGUGUUGUUGUACACGCAGUUUUUCUGGGCACCCAGUAUAGUAGGCAAUUUGAAAUAAUUAUCUGUGAAAGUUUAUCUGAAGAUCAGCAUCAGUGGCAGUUGCUUUCGCUGACUGAUCUUUCACUAGGCAAUAAAUAA